GCCUCCUGCUCCUGUCCUGUGGGCUGCUGCUCCUCGCCCGGGGCCCCUUGCCUGCUCUGUGCCCGCACGCCGGCACCUGGGGAAGCACUGCUGCCCUGAGCGGCCCCUGGCACCCCUCGGGCCCGACGCGAUGCAGGCCAUCAAGUGUGUGGUGGUGGGAGAUGGAGCCGUGGGAAAGACCUGCCUCCUCAUCAGCUACACCACCAACGCCUUCCCGGGAGAGUACAUCCCCACCGUGUUUGACAACUACUCGGCCAACGUGAUGGUGGACAGCAAGCCCGUGAACCUGGGGCUGUGGGACACGGCCGGCCAGGAGGAUUACGACCGCCUGCGGCCCCUCUCCUACCCCCAGACGGACGUCUUCCUCAUCUGCUUCUCCCUGGUCAGCCCGGCCUCCUACGAGAACGUCCGCGCCAAGUGGUUCCCCGAGGUGCGGCACCACUGCCCCAGCACGCCCAUCAUCCUGGUGGGCACCAAGCUGGACCUGCGGGAUGACAAGGACACCAUCGAGAAGCUCAAGGAGAAGAAGCUGGCGCCCAUCACGUACCCGCAGGGCCUGGCGCUGGCCAAGGAGAUAGACUCCGUGAAGUACCUGGAGUGCUCCGCCCUCACCCAGCGGGGCCUGAAGACCGUCUUCGACGAGGCCAUCCGCGCCGUCCUGUGCCCUCAGCCCACGCGCCAGCAGAAGCGCCCCUGCAGCCUCCUCUAGGGUUGCCCUGCCCUCCCUGCCAGAGGGUCCUCCUGGGUCCCCGCCCAAAGUCCACGGCGCCCUGGCUGGCCUGUCCCCUCCCUGUGGCAUUCCUUAGCGAUGGCUGACUGUCUCCACUGGACGGCCCCGGCCUGCUGUGUGGCCAGCAGAGGCUGCAGCCUUGUCCCUCCCCCUGCCUUCCCAGGGACCCCGGGGCCCAGGACCCAGUUUGCUGCCCUGCCUCACAGGGCACACCCGCCCCUCCCUCCAGUCCCUCUCCCGCCUGGCCCCGUGGGAACUCGAGCUGUGUGGUUCCCGGCCACCACUGUUUACCUUCGGGGACAGGGUCUCACUCUGAUAGUGACGGUCCUGCCUGUCUGAAAGUUCUGAGCAAAACGCAUGUCCCAGAGGUUGCUCCUCUGGGCUUAGGUCUCCUUUUUUGAGACGACAUAAAACAAAUUCACUUCCCUUCAUCUCCGUGGGGAUCUUCCAAGCCAACUAAGAGUCUGGGUUCAGCUGACCCCUGCGCUCCCCCAAGACUCUGCUCCACUGCAGGACCCGGGCUGCAUCUUCCUGGGAGAGUCUUAAAAUGUUCAUACUCUGCCGGUCAGGACUUCUGCUACUGCAAGUAGAAAACCCAGUUCCACCUGCUUAAGCAGAAAAUAAAUGUAUUCAUUCCAGUUUGAAACCA